CGGUGGGGCGGGGACGAGGGGCGGGCUCCUGUGGCGGUGGGCGGGGCAGAUGGAACUCUGCCUGCCGGGGGCGGGCGUCUCUACACCGAGGCCCCGCCCACGCCGCGGGGACAUUCAGAACGAGGCCCCCGAGAGGUGGGUACGUUUGCUGCUGGUGCCGGGUUUCCCCGAGGCGUUGGGGGACCGGUUCGGGGGACACAGACAUGGCGGCCUCCUCGCUGCUGGGCUGCGGCCGGGCCAUGACGCGCAAGACUCUACAGCUAGAAGCAUGGGGACUCCGAAGCUUCUCUCCAUUUGUUUCUCUCUGCACCAAAUCAGAGGGCUCUAAAAAAGGGCAAGAAAAGAGUGUGUGUCUGCUAUCUUGUGCACCAAUGAGCCUGGAAUUCAAUCUGCUGGAAUAAGACAAUGGCCUCUACGUCCAGUUGAAAUAAAGGGAAUAUGUGUUCUCACUUGUGAUGAUUUGACAUUAUAAACCCUUCAUUAACCAUGAUGGCAACACAGACAUUAAGUAUAGACAACUAUCAAGAUGGACAACAAGCGACUCCAUCCUCAACAUACAGGAUUCUGAAGACUACUCACCUUCAAGAUGCAAGUAGUAACCGAGUUAAAAACUGAACAAGACCCAAACUGCUCUGAAACUGAUGCAGAAGGAGUGAGUCCUGCCCCUGUAGAAUCUCAGACGCCAAUGGAUGCAGACAAGCAGGCCAUUUACAGGCACCCACUGUUUCCAUUGUUAGCACUAUUAUUUGAAAAAUGUGAACAAUCUACACAGGGCUCAGAAGGCACUACCUCUGCUAGUUUUGAUGUAGAUAUUGAAAAUUUUGUAAGGAAGCAGGAGAAGGAAGGAAAACCCUUUUUUUGUGAAGAUCCAGAAACUGAUAAUUUAAUGGUAAAGGCAAUCCAGGUUCUACGUAUUCAUCUGCUUGAGCUAGAAAAGGUUAAUGAACUCUGCAAGGAUUUCUGUAGUCGUUACAUUGCCUGUCUGAAAACUAAAAUGAACAGUGAAACUCUACUAAGUGGAGAACCUGGAAGUCCUUAUUCACCUGUACCAUCGCAGCAAAUUCAAAGUGCCAUUGCAGGCACACUGAGUCCCCAAGGGAUUAUGGUGCCUGCAUCAGCAUUGCAGCAGGGAAAUGUAACUAUGGCAACAGUAGCAGGGGGUACAGUGUAUCAGCCAGUCACUGUGGUCACUCCACAAGGUCAAGUAGUGACACAAGCACUGUCACCUGGGACAAUUAGGAUCCAGAAUUCACAGGAUAAUACUGCAAGAGAACUUCCACCACUACCGCUGCAGCUUCAGUUACAGUUAAACCAAGAUCUAAGUAUCUUGCAUCAAGAUGAUGGCUCGUCAAAAAAUAAGAGAGGGGUUCUUCCAAAGCACGCUACUAAUGUGAUGAGAUCUUGGCUCUUUCAGCACAUAGGGCAUCCAUAUCCAACAGAAGAUGAGAAAAAGCAAAUUGCAGCCCAGACAAAUCUGACACUACUGCAGGUUAACAAUUGGUUUAUCAAUGCUAGAAGACGAAUUCUUCAGCCAAUGCUGGAUUCUAGCUGUUCCGAAACUCCAAAAACAAAGAAAAAAACAGCUCAAAACAGACCAGUUCAGAGGUUCUGGCCUGAUUCCAUUGCAUCAGGAGUUGCUCAGCAGCAAUCUAAUGAACUUACAAUGUCAGAUGAGUGGAAGAGCCAGACUUGUUACAUGGGGCCUCCUGACUCUCCACGCUGUUCUCAUUCGUGCAGACCACCCUGCCUUACUGCCCAAGGAGCUGUUGUAACAAUUACAGCUCCCGUCAACAUGAAUGUAGACAGUCUCCAGUCUCUGUCAUCUGAUGGUGCUACUUUGGCUGUUCAGCAAGUUAUGAUGGCAGGACAAAGUGAGGAUGAAUCUGUGGAUAGUGGUGAAGACGAUGGAGCAGACCUCUCAACAACAAACAUCAGUGGGCUUGUUUUGGAUAACAGUGAUUCUCUGCAAUAGGAAGCAAGAGAAUGUGACAAAAUAUUUAGGAAAAUGAAUGGACUGACUGACUGUUUUUAUAGUUUGCACAGCAAACAUUUUACACAAGUUUUAUUUCUAAUAUGUUUUAUAUGUAGAUAUAGAAGGGUGCACUUUUUUGUAUUUCAUAGUAAGCUUAAAGAGUGUCUUUGCAGGUGCAGCAACUUUUUUCAAAUGUGUUUUUGAAUUUUGAAGAGAGGUUGAGUUUGUUUGUUUUUUUAAUUACAAAAAAUUGCAUCUAGUAAUGUAAUGAACCACAUAAAUACCCCUUUUGUUCUCUCAUUAGAUUGAAAGUGCUACAAUUUCUAAAGAAUUAUGCAGUUUCAAUUAGACCUGUUGUUAAAGACAGCUCUUGGUUGACUAACGAUGUAAAUUCAAAGCAUGUGGCACUUGAUCAUUAAGUUAGACACAUUUGAAAGAUGCUUCUGCACCUUAAAAACUGCCAGUCUGAGGUGGGCAACAACACACACCCACAAAGAAAAUGGAGAUGUGUGAUUCAGUAGCGAAUGUAUGACAGUUUAAAUAAGUUUAAUUUCUCUCAUAGUCAGUGAGCUUGUUUAUCAUUUGCUAUAAAAACUCCUAUUUUUACCUUGGCGGGGAUUAUUGGAUAAAAAAAAUAUUUUUAUAAAUUGAGUAGGAAUUGGAAUGACAACUGUAUUGAGCAUGAGAAAAAAAUUUCCAGAAGGGGAAAAUAAAUGUUUAGUAUUCCUAUUUGGAAGGUUCUGAAAAUUUGACCAAAUUUAAUAAACAUGCCUAAUGCGAGUGUUCCAUGGUUCUCUGCUAUCCCAUAGUGGUAUAGUAUAUUUGAUAAUAGCAUAAGAAGGGCCCACAGUUUGAUGGGAUUUUGAUAUUGUCAAACUUUGAUUUAUAUAUGUGUAAACUAAUGCUCAAAUUACAUUUAACUCUGUAUCUAAACUUGUAUCUGAAGAUAUUUGCUAAAUAGGUAUUCAGGUAAGUAAGUACAAUUAUCCACAAAAUUUCUAGUAAUCAACAGAGAAACUUAAUAGUUCAUGUUUUUUCAGUCUGAUUUUUAAAAAUGAAAAACUGACUGGCUAGUUUUUCCACCUCAGUUAUAUUAUUGAAUUUGAAAUUUGUUUCCACAUACAAAAAAUAUAAUUUAUGGAUUAUAUAAAUAAUCUUUUCAAAUACAAACAUCACUACCAGAAUUUACAACAGGCUUGUAAAAAAUCCUUGUGUGUCUUUUAACAAACUCAGAACUAGUGAUGAAAAUAGAUUUAUCUGUGAUAAUGGUUAAUUUCAGUUUAUCCGCAGAUCUUGAGUUGUGUAUUGUUAUUUCUGAACACCUGUUAUUGACCCUUCAUGCUGAAAAAGUUGGUCUUUCCCCAUUGUUAAGUGCAAAGAACAGUAGACUCAAGAAAUCUUGUAGCAGGACAGUGUGAAAAGGAGGGUGCUACCUUCAAAUCUUAAGCACUGAUUGAGCAAAGCACUUAGUUAUGUGCUUAACUAUAAGCACCUACUUAAAGCCAUUCCUGUUCCACAAAAUAUCCAAGCAUGUUAACUUCACUGGGGUUGAACCAUAUACUUGAAAUUAAACACAUGCUUAGGUGCUUUGUUGAAUUGGGGCUUUAAAGUCUGCCUUACUGAGCAAUUUAUAGGCAGCAUGAACAGAGACCUUGACAGGAGAUGCUAAAAAAUUGUUACAUGUACAUAGAAGGCAAAUUUAUUUUUCAGAGGUUACCAUUAAAAAAAUCCUUGUUUUACUGGCAUUGGGCUACAUUCACCACUAGCAUAAGCAGCUGACUUCGCCACUAUAGCACCUAAUUAUGCCUGUGAUGAAUUGGGCCUGUUGACUCAACUGCAGUAAUGAGGUAUUAUUAUGGUUAGAAUUAUUAAAGUAAAGUUUUUAAAGUAUUUGUUUUAAUCUAUCUUCUCUGUUUUUGCCUCUAAUACCCUUUCCAUAUGUACUGAGCAAUUUAAAGAAAAUACUAAGAGUGUAUAAUGAAAGAUUUAAUUAUGAAAACUGGUAUAAUGUAAUUGAUUUAAGGCAUACUGACAAGUCCAAUUUGACCCCAAAAUUAAAAGGCACAGUCAACUUUAAAAAUCAAACUCCUGUAUGAAAACAUUUGCCUACUAUUGUUACAAGCAACACCCAAGAUGAAUAUAACUGACUGAGAUUGGAAGCAAAAAUACUUUUCUCUAUCUUUUCAAUUUGUUUACUGUUUGCUUCUGCCAGCACUUUUUCAGUGUUUCCAUGGUAGAGCCAUUUUUUCCUAUUGUACUGUGUAUGUUUUUCAUACAACAGAAGGUGAGAGGAAAAAUAUUUUUAGGGCUAGAUUCAGCCAGCUUUGUUCAUGUUUAGUAGCAGUUGAAGCCACAGAGCUGCAAAUACUUACAUACGUGAGUAGAAUAAUGUAUUGCUCAAUACGAGCAAAGCUGGCGGAAUUGAGUCCUCAAAAAAUAGGAAAAUGUGUUUUUUUUUUUUAAAUACAUAUAUAUUGGCAGGGGGACUUAGGUGGGUGUAGUACCUGAAACUUUUAACUCAGUUGAAAAUAAGUAGAUUUCAAGUUGACAAUGUCCCUUUUGAUUUUAUGAAAGCAAGCUUGUACAAAUCAUUACACCAAUUAAAAGUGUUUCCUUGGAUUUUUUCCUUCGUUCUAGUGGAAAUAUAUAUAUUUUUAUUCAAUAGAAUAAGUAAGCGUUCUUGCUGGUGUUUUCAGCGUUUAUCCAGUGCAUAAGUACCUGGAAUGUGAAAUUGACUGGAAAGUUACUAAUGACAAAAGAAAAUGGAGUAAUCCAUUUUUAAUGUUAAUCUCAAGAAAACUGCAAAAAGUAAACAGUAUAGUGAAAAGUAAACUAUAUUUGUAAAAUUACUUCAGUUUUAAUAAUCAAAGGUACUAUUUAACAAACUGUGGGGCCCAAUUUUUUUCAAGGACUGACAUCUAAUAACUAAAACUGCAACAUUUAAAAAAAAAUCAUGGAAAUUGUGCAAAAUUAAAACAGAUGCACUUGAUUGUAAUUAAGUGAAUUUAAGUUACUAAUGAUUCAAUUUUUGGUACCAAACCUGCUUGGGAGCAAUUAAUGAAUAAUUAUUCAGUCUAUGCAAGAUGAAAUUACCUCUCCAGCCAUAACUGUGUGAUUUAUAGGUACGCUAUUGUAGUAUUUUUGGUCUUCUUUUAUUUUUGAUAAUCAUUCAGACAAAACAUUCACUAAAAAUUCAGCUGGGUUUAAAGUUGACUAGGCAAAAUAUAAUUUGGAAAGCAUGUUGGAAAUAUAAGUAACCUUCAUUCCCUCAUGAAAAUCUAAGAUGUUAACACUAGUGAAACAUUUCUAUUUCUAAACAAUUUCCCCCUCUGCCAUAGUAAAUAGAAUGCAUUCAGAUAGUAAUCAUCUCCCCCGAAAAGUAAAGCUAGCCAAGAAAAAUCAAUGAGAAUGCAAGUUUAGGUUUUACUUUGUUCAUUUAAAUACUACAGUUAAACACUUAUUACUUCUGAAUUGUUAAAUGUAUUGCUGAAGAGUACUCCUGGAAACAUUUAGGACUUGACUGAACUUUGUUGUUGUUUCAUUGUAGAUUGAAUAGCUAGGUUGGCUUUGCCAAACCCAAAUCUGAUUUUUCUAGGCUUACUAAACUCUUUCAAAUAUUUUAUUUUUCACAUUAUAAAAUAAUUUUACUUAAUCAUUCAACAUGGAGUAGAAUGAAAGAUGGCGCAAGUAUGCUGUGAAAAGAUCAUGCUAACCAUGUCAUUUGGUUACCUGUGCAACGUGGUAAUAUAAGGUUUGUUCUGCUCUGUAGUUCUGUAGGAUCUACUGAAUAAUCACUCUUUUUUUUUGACUGUGUGAGAGAGCACGCCUUUUUACAAACUUACUAACCUUGUGGUCUACUGUCAAAAUAUUUACCUAAUGUUAUUAGAUGCCCAUGUUUUCAGAUAGUGACAGAAAUGACCCUCAAUCUUCCACUGUUUUAGCAACAUUUGUUCUAUAAAACUGACAAUCUUUAAAAUGUGAACACUGUACAUUUAGCUUUUCUUGGAUAGUUGUCUUUUAAGGGAUAUUGUGAAGCAAUUGAUCUAUCAAAGCAAAGAAAAAUUAAAAAUCAGAACAUGCUUCAUGGAUGAUGGAUUUUUACAUGAACAGUUUCUGUGAAUGGGAAAAGCAUGCCUUGUCUUUAAAGUUGAAACAUUCACAUUGCUUUAAUUAUAUUAGCAUUAUUUAGUUCAACAUCAGUCGUAUUUUCAGGAAUCUGUAACAUAGCUGGAAAAUAUCAUAUCAGACUAGUUACCCAAGAUUUUUUGUCUGGGACAGUUUUUUGGCCUGUUUUGUUUUGUUUACCCAAAUGCAGAAAAAAUGGUUUACUGGUUCUUAAUGUUUUUGGGUGGGAGAGGGGGACUGUGAUUUUGCAGCGCAAAAGCUGUUUUGAGGAAUGAAAGACUUAGCAGGUAGUUAGUCUAUGAUAUGUGUUCUUUGUUUUUGUUGCUCUGAAAUUGUUAAUUAAAAUGGUAUGGACAUUGAACUUCCAAAAA